AUGAUCAUAUUUUUAGCUUUAUUUUUUACACUAAUAGCUGGAAAUGAUCAUGGAAAUGAUGGUGAUGAAUCGAGAAAAGUUUUGGAAGUUGAACAAGAAGAACUGGGGAAUCAGUGGCAUGUUUGGAGUGUAAAAGCAUUGCUGAAGGCUAAAGCAAUGAAUGUCUACAGAGAUCUUCCAAUAAUCGAGAAGAUUGUCUAUGAAGAGUGCAUUCGAGGAGUCAAGCAGCUCGGUGCUCUGGCUGUUUGUGUGGUUCGUCUGCUGAACGAGAGGAAUCGUCGAAAGGAAUAUUCUCUUUCUUUGUUCAAGCCGUCAAAGCCCUCAUUGCUUAAGAAAAUUUUGAUUCAACGGAGAGUCCUGAUCGCUCUUCAAAGAAGCAACACAACACCGAGAAUCUCUUUCCGAAAGCCAACACAUCGUUUAUCAGCUGAGCAAUGGAUUGAGCGACGGAGAGGGAAGAGAAGCGUCAACUCGUUGAAUCCAAUAGAUAAAUUUGAUGUCGACCGAAUCCUCCGCAAAGCGCCAAAAAUUGCGAAUACCUACUUCAGAGCAUUGAUGAACAAUCGAGCUGGCUUCUCAUCGAAAAAUCUUGAGAAUCUCCGCCGGUUACGAAACCAUUUUCUUAAAGUCGAUGUCUGCAAUGAGUAUCUGAAGAUGGUCAACACCGAGAAUCAGGAAGUUCUCGAACGUUUCAAUCUAAAAAGUCGAACGCCAACGCUGCGCAAAGACGAAGCCAUUUUCAACAGCGUGAUGUCGAUGAUCAACAAGUUUACGGGUCAUCAUUUGAACGAGGAAAAGUUCUCCAUUCUAUCCCCUAGCAUUUUCUCGAUUUUUCCCGAGAGCCAAUCACAAAAACAUCGACCACAUUUCUUCUCACCCAAUUUACUCAGUUUUCACCGUGAUGGUGUCUUCUCGAUGAAUGAUAUCUUAAAAGCAGCCACUGGAACAGAAACUUCAAAACAUAUUCUCUUGGAUGCAAUUUUGGAAGCGAGUGGAGCAUCGGAAGUUUUGGAUGAGGUGCUUGGAAAGAUGAAGAAUGAGAUCAGAGAAAUGAACGAGGUGAGGUACCCGCUUGUUCAAAAAAUGUCUCGACUCGAUCUUGCUCAUUUGAGAGCUCACCAAAGUCUGAAAGUAGAUCAACGAAAAGAACUUGACACAAAAGGAUACACGUUCUUCGAAAGAGAACAACUUGAGCAUCUCCAUGGAUCGGGAUCUGAUUUCCUUAACGGAACAUCCAAUGACGAUAUGAGCGCCUAUCUUGCGAUGAACAAAGACGAAAAAGAGGCUCUACUUGAGAAGGAAAUCCGUCAAAUGGCAAAAUUGUACGAAGAUCAAGAAGCAGGCGCCUCGAAGCGAUCGAAGAGACAAGUGGAAAGCCUUCAAUCUGUAUAUGUUGGAGACGUUGAAUUCAUCACCUUCAAACCGAUGCCCUUUACCAAUUUCAUCAACAAAGGACUGGCACUGAAAGUGGUCACUUUGUCGCCGAGUUUCUGGGUGUUCGAGUUUGCGGCUCCACAAGCACUCAAUGUAUUCACACUGUCACCAAGGGCCUUCGUCGCAGCGAUUCUGUCGCCGAAUGCUCUCAUCGCUCGCACGCUCAGUCCGAUCGCUUUUCGAGCUGAUGUGUUAUCCCCUCGUGCUCUCAACUCGUGGGUCCUCUCUCCGACAGUCUUUGUCGCUAAGGUGCUCACUCCUCGUUUCCUCGAACCUAAAGUGCUCAGCCCGGAAGCAAUGGUGAUCGAUGUUUUGAGUCCAGGAAUAUUAUCUCCAAAUUAUAUGAGUGACAAAUUCAUGGGUUUGGUGAUACUAUCGCCGAGCAUUCUCUCGCCCAAGUUUCACAGUGAAGGAAAGAUGCUUGUUGAGAUCUUGUCACCUGCCAUUCUUGGUGGAUCAACAGCUCCUCAAGAUCCAAGCGCUAUGGCUCGUUGCCGUCCCAACUUUGGCUGCCUA